GAUCAUGGGUCAUUGAUGGUUCAUAAUGGGUAAUAUGACACCUUGGGAUCGGAACGUUAUUAGACGUUCUGUCCUUGAAAGUGUUAAUUAACAUAACAUACUUAAGUAAUUAAAUCACUCAAUAAUUAUUGUACUUAAUGCCGAAACGGCUUCAGCUCAGGGUUACUUUUGAACCUCCAAAGCAUAUCAUGGCUCAAUUAGUCAUCUUAUUUCAGUGUACGUGGUUCCAGUGUGCCUUCCAUUUGCUAAUUUCAUCAUGAAGAGAGGAAGACAAACUACAGAGAUGCUCACUCACAUUGACUAUAUCACCGAUGUGCCAAGAGAUUUUAUUGACGAGGAAAAAGAGAUCAGGAAGCUGAGUUUGUUGCCAAGAGAGCUCUGUUAUCUAUAUGACGGGGAGAAGGAAGAUACCACCAAAUUCGUGAAGGACCGCAUGGCUUGUACCACUGGCUGCGGGUUCCACUCCGGGUCGCCAAGCUUGGUACAUGAACACACGGGACAUUGGUCUAUCGUCGCCUUAUCUAUUGGAGGAGCCCCCUGUCCAGACCCGCUGCGCCCGCGCCGACCCCCGACCCCCCCGCGCCACAUCCUGCUGCACCCCUACGUCCCCUGGAUCACAGCCGCCAUCGCUGGGAGACCCGUCGGGGCUUUCGACAAGGAUGAUCCUUUUGGCUACACGAUGCUUCGAGCUUCCCCGUAUGAUUUAGAGGACACCCACGGCUGGGUGGGUCACUGGUGGAUGGGCGGAGCGCGCUGCCGCGACCGAGGGGAGAUGGCAGACGAUAUAUUCAAGUUCUACCACGAGAUCUUCCAGAUCAAACCGUCUACUAAAACGUACUUCACAUACUAUAUCGAAGUAAGUUUUUACAGCAACCACAUGUCCGGGAUAAGAUGCAGCUGAACGCUUCCACGAUUUCUUUACCUUCUUCUUCUAU